AAUAGGCGGUAGGUGAUAUAAAACGACGAAUUUUAUUCACAUAAACAUUCUCUGACUUCUCUCGUCGAACAAACACGUCAACAUGUCUACCUUCACUUUCCUCCUGCUCUGCGUCCAAGCUUGCUUGAUUCAGAAUGUAUACAGCGCGUGCGGCGGUGCCUAUGGGCUAGGACUUGGCUUGGAACCCGGUUACGGCUUGGGGCUCGGCUAUGCUGGUCCUGCCGCAUAUGGCUGCGGUGCCGGUCUCGCUGCUGGCUAUCCUGGAUAUGCUGCUUAUGGUGGUGCAGGUGUUGGUGAUGUCGCUGUCGCUGGUGAGAUGGCCGUUGCUGGUAGCACUCUGGUCGCUGGUCAGGUGCCGAUCCUCGGUGCUGUUGAAUUCGGAGGCAUCGUGCCAGCCGCUGGUGCUGUAUCAAUCGCUGGCAGCUGCGGUUGCGGUUGCAACGGUGCUUAUAUUUACUGAGAAAAACAUUACAUCUGAGAUAUUAAAAAAGGAAAAA